GGGCUGGGCGAGCACUGCGCGCCGGCGGCUGUGACGGGGCAGAGCGCACGACGCCGCCACCGCCUACGCGCGAGCCGCUACAACCUCCGACCGUCGUCGCCGCCGGCACAGGAGGGGGGCCAAGACGUCUCUCCAACGCGGGGCGAGCGCAGGACCGCGCCAGGCGUCCAAAAGAAGGAAGAUGCCUCGCGGCGACCGGGAAAGCGACUGGAGGGAAAAGGAGCAGUUCCGCAAACUGUUCAUUGGCGGCUUAAGCUUUGAAACCACAGAAGAGAGCUUGAGGAGUUACUAUGAGCAAUGGGGAAAGCUUACAGACUGUGUGGUAAUGAGGGAUCCUGCAAGCAAGAGAUCAAGGGGGUUUGGCUUUGUAACAUUCUCUUCCAUGGCUGAAGUUGAUGCAGCUAUGGCUGCAAGACCUCACACAAUUGAUGGAAGGGUGGUUGAGCCUAAGAGAGCUGUGGCUAGAGAGGAAUCUGGAAAACCUGGUGCUCAUGUUACUGUGAAAAAAUUAUUUGUUGGUGGUAUUAAAGAGGACACUGAAGAGCACCACCUUCGUGACUACUUUGAGGAGUAUGGAAAAAUUGACACUAUUGAAAUCAUUACUGACAGACAGUCUGGUAAAAAGAGAGGGUUUGGAUUUGUUACAUUUGAUGACCAUGAUCCUGUGGAUAAAAUUGUAUUGCAGAAAUACCACACCAUCAAUGGACAUAAUGCAGAAGUAAGGAAAGCUCUCUCUAGACAGGAAAUGCAGGAGGUUCAAAAUUCUAGGAGUGGGAGAGGAGGAAACUUCGGUUUUGGUGAUGCUCGUGGAGGUGGUGGCAACUUUGGUCCAGGACCUGGCAGCAAUUUCAGAGGGGGAGCCGAUGGAUAUGGAAGCGGCCGUGGAUUUGGUGAUGGAUAUAACGGAUAUGGCGGAGGACCUGGAGGUGGCAACUUUGGUGGCAGUCCUGGUUAUGGAGGAGGAAGAGGAGGCUAUGGUGGAGGAGGACCUGGUUAUGGCAACCAGGGUGGGGGCUAUGGAGGUGGUUAUGACAACUAUGGAGGAGGCAAUUAUGGAAGUGGAAACUAUAAUGAUUUUGGCAACUACAACCAACAACCUUCAAAUUAUGGUCCGAUGAAAAGUGGAAAUUUUGGUGGCAGCAGGAACAUGGGGGGACCAUAUGGUGGAGGAAACUAUGGUCCCGGGGGCAGUGGAGGCAGUGGUGGAUAUGGAGGGAGGAGCCGUUACUGAGUUUCUUCAAGCAUGCCAUGGGCUUCACUGUAUAAAUAGGAGAGGAUGAGAGCCCAGAGGUAACAGAACAGCUUCAGGUUAUCGAAAUAACAAUGUUAAGGAAACACUUAUCUCAGUCAUGCAUAAAUAUGCAGUGAUAUGGCAGAAGACACCAGAGCAGAUGCAGAGAGCCAUUUUGUGAAUGGAUUUGGAUUAUUUAAUAACAUUACCUUACUGUGGAGGAAGGAUUGUAAAAAUGCCUUUGAGACAGUUUCUUAGCUUUUUAAUUGUUGUUUCUUUCUAGUGGUCUUUGUAAGUGUAGAAGCAUUCCUUUGAUAAUGUUAAAUUUGUAAGUUUCAGGUGACAUGUGAAACCUUUUUUAAGAUUUUUCUCAAAGUUUUGAAAAGCUUUUAGCCAGGAUCAUGGUGUAAUAAGACAUAACGUUUUCCUUUUAAAAAUUUAAGUGCGUGUGUAGAGUUAAGAAGCUGUUGUACAUUUAUGAUUUUAAUAAAAUAAUUCUAAAGGAAA